AUGGGACUAUUCACUAAUACUAACGACAAAGAUACUCAAGAAUUUAAUGAAGAUCUGGUUAAAUCGUCUUUGAACGAUAGCCUUCACAGUGGAUUCCAAUCUGUAGGGGAUUCACUUUUUUCAGUUUGGAAAGAUGCUAUGAAUCAUGUGGAAAACCCAAUUUCUAACAUUUGGGGCAACGCCAGUGGUGGUGUUUCCGACCUUUUGGACGUGCUUGGUUUGCCCGGUGGAUUUAGCCACCCAGCACGCAUUUUAAGGCUAUUUGAGGACGAUUUCACCCAAGAGGGCACUACAGGUCUCUACGGGUACAAGACCCCCUCAGACAAACAAUACAUGAACUGCAAACAACUAGAUGGACUCUCUGUAUGGGACUCACGCGGUUGGUGGCGCUGCUUGUUUCCUGAAAAAGUUGUGGGCAGCAACCUGAACCCAGAUCAGAUGCGCACGGUAUUGACCCGUGAAAGAGUGGAACAAGACAAGAAGCACAACUUGGGACUAUUUUUUACCGAAUACUCCUCGUAUUUGUCUUGGCGUGCUGAUGUUUUGCGUCUUGCGGAAACUAAGCGCAAAUCUGCGCUCGCCAGAGCCGAACGCCGCGAAGAGCUCGAAAAUAUCUCCACCACCCCUGAAGAUCUUAUGGACCGUGCUACGGGGAGGAAUGUAGUGGGCACUUCAGAAUACGUGACUUACAACAAUACUCCAGAUGGUUUGGAAAAGGUUAAAGAGGUGAAAACGUUUUUUGACGAUGGCACCGUCAGACUUCGUUCAGAAAAGCAGCGUACUGAUCCCGAAGGUCGGUCUCAUAUCGACUCAUUUGAGAAGCUACUCUCGGAUGACGAUAACGCCAAGGAUGGCUGGUUUUGGCGUAAGUAA